GACGUCACACGAGCCGACUCCAGCGACGAGUGUGACGUUGCCCGUUGCCACCCGCCAACCAGCCCACACACACCAGCCUAGCUUAAUCGGACAUAUAAUUAACACAGACACUGAUGCAGUGUAUUCAUGCAGAAUCUGCCCACAAAAGUUCUCAAACAAAACUCUCCGCAAACAACAUGAAUACACUCACAUGGAACUAUACAUUUGCGAUAUGUGUAAUAUGAAAUUCAGGGUGAAAUCAGUUUUAAUCAGACAUAUUUAUAACAUACAUAUGAAGAUAAAUGCCUUGUGCAAAGUUUGCAACAAAAUUUUUGACAAAGCGUACUUAAAGAAACAUCAAAGACUUCACACUGGUGACAAACCAUACAAAUGUAAGGUAUGUGGUAAGAAAUUUGCACUUGUUGAAUAUUUACGUUUACACAAAAGAGUUCACACUGGUGAAAACCCAUACAAGUGUGAAGAAUGUAACAAACAAUUCAAAUAUAGAAGUGGGCUUAACAGGCACAUAAAAAAGCACACUGGAGACAAAAGAUAUAGGUGUGAUGAAUGCGGCAAACGUUUUAUACAAAAGAGCACUUUAACUGAACACAAAAGAGUUCACACAGGUGAGAAAUUAUAUAAGUGUGAUGAAUGUGACAUGUUAUUUGGAUAUAGGAAAACUUUAAAAAAACAUAAAAUAAUUCAUGUUCGAGGUGAUAUUUACAGCUGCAACUUUUGCGAUGAGAAAUUUCCACAAAUAAUACUUUUAAAUAAACAUAAAAAUAAGCACGUCGGAGAGAAAGCGUACGGCUGCGAAGAAUGUGACAAGAGAUUUAAAAGAAAAGAUCUAUUAGAUUUGCAUAAAAUAACGCACAAAGGAGACAGACCAUACACCUGUGACAAGUGUGGCAAGCAAUUUAAACGAAAACAUAAUUUAUAUCAACAUGAAAAAAAUCACGCAGAAAAAUCUCACAGUUGUAAUGAAUGUAACAAGAAAUUCACACACAAGCAUCAGUUAGAAGCUCAUGUUAGAACUCACACUAAAGAAAAAGCAUUUGUUUGUGAAAAAUGUGGCGCGCGAUUCGCUCAAAAUUAUAUUUUACAGAAACAUAAAAAAAAACAUUCUGAGAAGAUACCCGUGACUGCGAGGAAAAUAACUAAGAGUUAAAAUAUUAAAAGAAAUAAGUAUAACAAACAUGCUGUCAAUCAAUCUCCAGAAGAGAACUAACGGGAGAAGAUGACGUCAGUGGCGGUUCCUGGGUCAAAUCCACUGGUUUUUUUGAAGUGAAAACUUCUUUAGCGGCGCUGUGCACUUUUGUGAUGGGGAAAAAAUGUUAAACUCGCGAGGGCGUAAGACGUAAGACGGACACGUGACCUGAUCGAAAAACUGUUACAAUGUCAUUGAGUUUUCAGUUCUGCCGGCACUCCCGGAGUGCAACCCGUUGUUUUUUUUCUUUAAUUAAUUGACGUGUGUACAGUUUUAUGUUUUAUUAGUUUUAGGUGUGUGUGUGAUUUUAUUUUUAUGUUUUUGACAUGUACGUUUUUUACCGUAUUAAA